AUGACGCAAAUUUUGAGACAGGUCCGAGAUGGCCAAGAAACCCAUUCUGAUCAAUAUUUGAUCAUAGAAAGAAUUCGACAAGCCAUUGACGGGAAAAAUUCGCUGCUGUGGGACAUUAACCAGAAGAUCCACCAAAACCCAGAACUUGGUUAUGAAGAGCACAAGGCUCAUGACAACAUCACCUCUAUGCUUGAGUCAUUGGGAUUCAACGUCACUAGGCACGCGUUUGGUCUCCAAACCGCAUUUAUGGCGGAAUACGGACAGGGAGGUCGUGUUGUAGCUUACAACGCUGAGUAUGAUGCUCUACCUGGCAUUGGCCAUGCGUGUGGACACAACCUCAUCGCCAUGAUGUCCAUUGGGGCGUUUCUUGGUGUCGCUGAGGUCCUGAAAGAGCACAGUAUCCCUGGACGUGUGCGCCUCGUUGGAACGCCGGCCGAGGAGGGUAUGGGUGGGAAGAUCCCCAUUAUAGAGGCUGGCGCCUACCAAGACGUUGAUGCCUGUAUGAUGGUCCACCCCGGGCCUGUGAGCGAAUGCAAAGGCUUUACUGGAGAUGCCUAUAUGCCGACGUUGGCAAAUCACAAAUUCAACAUCCAGUUCAAGGGCCAUACAGCGCAUGCUGCCGUUGCACCAUGGGAAGGCGUCAACGCACUAGAUGCCGCUGUUCUGGCCUACAACGGCAUCAGUGUACUGCGGCAACAGGUCCAUCCAAGUAACAGGAUUCACUGCAUCAUCUCUGAGGGUGGCCUCCGUCCAAAUGUGCCAACCCUGAAGGGCGCAGAUGAACUUCUAGCCAGGGUUAAAAGGUGCUUUGAGGGUGCAGCUCUACAAUCUGGUUGCGAGAUGGAGUUCACUAUGGUAAACACGUACGCAGACCUACGGUCAAACAAGGCCAUUUGCAGCUUAUAUGCAGACGCAAUGACCAAAGUGGGCUCUGAGGUGAAGUGUGAUUUCAACUCGCCUGGUGUGCCAGGGUCAACUGAUCAAGGUAAUGUAACAUAUGAAUGUCCCGGUAUUCAAGCUUACGUCGGCGUUCAAGCCGAGAAAGGCUGCAUCAAUCAUACCGCUGGAUUCACUGCCAUAGCUGGCACCGAGGAAUCGCACAGGCUUUGUGUCGAAGCCGCAAAGGGCAUGGCGAUUGCUGGUUGGAGGAUUAUCGCAGACAGUGAGGUCGCAGCGAUGGUUAGAGAUGAAUUUGAAGAAGAUAAGAAAAUUCGGUAG